AUGAAGUAUCUUCGCCUAGCCUCCGUGGCCGCUCUUGUCAGCGCUGCUACUGUGUCCGCCGGCCCAUUAGGCGCCCGCGAACAUGACGGAUACUGUCCCAAGGGCUACACUAUGAGCGUCUACUACAAGACCGUCACUGUGGAAACAUACCCAACUGCGACCUCCGUAGAGACUACCGUUACCCCGACAUCUACUCCGGUUACUGUUGAGUCCCAAUCCUCCGCUGAGCCCACAGUAGCCUCAUCGUCUACUACCAUUGCCGUGGAGUCUACAACCCCCGUCGCAGUUGUCCAAGUCGAGACUACGACCUCUAAGGCCUCUGUUGCUGAGACCUCUGCCGUUGAAACUUCUGCUGCUGAGGCCGCAGUUGUCAAGACCGCCCCAGUUGUGGCUGCUCUGCCCACUACAUCAGCUGAGACCGCCGCUGUCGUCAAGACCAUUGCUGCCCCAGCCGUGGAGACCGCCGCCGCGCAGACCUCCACCACUCAAGCUCCCGUCGAAGUCGCCAGCACUUCCACCACUCAAGCUCCUGUCGAGGCUGCCAGCACUUCUACAGAAUCUGCCACUUCCUCCUCUUCUACCAAGUCUGCUUCCAGCAAAUCUGUCUCCACCGGUUCCUCCAGCGGAAACUCCGGCAAGGCUACCUUCUACGGCGGCAACGUCGCCGGCGGAACCUGCUCGUUCUCCGGCUACACCCUCCCAAGCAACCUCUUCGGUGCUGCCCUUUCUCUCCAGCGAUGGGACGAUGCGGCGGAAUGCGGUGCCUGUGUAUCCGUCACCGGACCUAAGGGUAACUCCAUCAAAGCAAUGAUCGUCGAUCAAUGCCCUGAAUGCGAAAGCAACCACCUCGACCUCUUCCAAGACGCCUUCGCCGAGCUCUCCGACAUCUCCGCCGGCAUCAUCCAGACCACCUGGUCAUAUGUCUCAUGUGAUCUGGAUGGACCCCUGAAGCUCAAGAACAAGGAGGGUACAUCCGCCUACUGGUUCUCGAUGCAGGUUGUCAAUGCCAACGAGCCUGUGACUGCGUUGGAGGUUAGCACUGAUGGCGGUAGCUCAUGGAAGAGCACCACCCGCACUUACUACAACUUCUUUGAGAACACCGCCGGAUUCGGUACUAGCACUGUUGAUGUGCGGAUUACCGGUGCUAGCGGCAAGACUGUUGUUGUCAAGGAUGUCGGAGUUAGCUCUGGCAAUGAGGUUACCGCUGCGUCCAACCUGUAA